UCCAGCGCCCUGUUUAGUUUAUCGUUGAGGAUUUGGGGACGAAAUUAGCCAAUUGUUUGAGUUUCGUGUUUUUCUAUUGCGAUAUGUGCGGCUGCUGAAGCGAAAAAGUGUCUUACCAUUUAAAAAUUGAUACUGUACGAUUGAGAAGAAGAGAUGUCUGCUGUAUGGAAGUUGUUUAUUUCACUGAUUUUCUUUGUUUCGCUGGUAAAUAGUUCCCGGGUGUUAGAACUCAGCGACCGUUUUCUAGAUGUUCGAAACGAGGGUCAGUGGUUCGUGAUGUUUUAUGCGCCCUGGUGUGCCCAUUGUAAAAAACUCGAGCCGGUGUGGGCCCUCGUAGCGCAGGCACUAUACAAUACCAACAUCCGGGUCGGACGGGUAGACUGUACCAGGUUCACAGCAGUGGCGCAGCAUUUCAAAGUGAACGCAUAUCCAACGAUUAUGUUUGUCAAGGGACCGUACGACUAUGUAUAUAACGGCGAUCGAUCCAAAGAAGAGCUUAUGCAUUUCGUCAACCGAAUGUCUGGGCCCCCGGUACAGCUGGUCACCCGAGCGGACAGCAUAGACAUACUGAAGACCAAUAAUCCUAUCUUCUUCACCUACGUUGGCAAACAAUCGGGACUGCUUUGGGACGUUUUCUACAGUGCGGCAGAAGCGUACCAGGCGCAUGGUUAUUUUUACGCCACGUCGGUCGAAAUCGCUAAACGCCACUUUGACGUGGACACCAUUCCGUCGGCGCUGGUGUACAAGGAGCGAACUCACUACUAUUUCCCUUACUCGGACAACUUUGAACGUAUCGAGCCUACGCACCUGAACGAGACACUCUUUCGCUGGGUGAACGAGGAACGGUUUGCUACCUUCCCGAAGGUAACGCGCAGCAACAUUCACCAUUUGGUGCAGACUAAGAAGUAUCUCGUGCUCGCGGUCGUGGAGGAAAACAAGCUGAGCGAAAUAGCGGCCCACGAGCAGGAAUUCCGGGACAUGGUGGAAAUAUUCGUUCACAAAAACAAACACAAAUAUCACGGACGGUUUCAAUUCGGCUGGGUUGGAACACCUGAGCUAGCCCGUUCGAUUGCAAUGGACAGCCUACCGACGCCGCAUUUAAUCGUGCUCAAUGCGUCCACCAAUGAGCAUCAUAUUCCUGAGGACGAACCGUUGCAGUUAACCCCGGAAGCGAUCGAAAUCUUCCUCGAUAGCAUUCACAACCAGACGGCUCCGGCGUUUGGAGGUAACUCGCUUCCCGUCCGCAUUUACCGGGCAUGGUUUGAGGCCAAAACAUCGCUGUAUGAAAUGUGGGCCGGUAAUCCGGUGCUCACGACGGUACUGUUCGGUCUUCCACUGGGAUUUCUGUCGCUCAUCAUGUACUCCAUCUGCUGUGCUGAUAUAUUAGACGCGGAAGAGGAGGAUGACGGUGCUGAUCAACGACACGAGAAAAAGGAGUAAACUGUUUUGUGGGGCGAAUGAACGAUGAAUCGGCGAUGCCCUAUGGAAAUUGACAUUCCGCCACAAAUCGAAACCAUUAAGAUGCGGCUUACGCAGCGCAAUAUCCUACGGAAAUUUCCUAUUCCUCUCUAGUCAUAUACUCUCCUCGAGGAAGUUUUCUGUCAUUCCGGCAUCUCGAUGGAACGCAUGAAUAAUGCGUCACCCACUUAAUUAUGGAUAAUGAAAAUAGUAUCGUUUUAGAUGAAUUUUAAAUUCUGGCAGCAGCCCGUGCUGCCGGCAUGUAAUUCGUACGUGUUCGUGUGUGUAACUGUAUUGUCCGAUGUCUGAUUAGAAUGUUCUCUUUUUUAGUAAUGAAUGAAUCAGAAGAGAAACUACUAAUUUUUA